GAGAGGCUGCAGAGACGGAGCGCAGCAGAGACACAGAGGACAGUUCGCUCUCUUCCACUCUAACAUCAGAUACUAUGCUCACUGCUUCGCUCUCGGAUCAUCACUAACACAAGGGCAGCUGAACCCCGACAACCCCAUGACUUUGGUUUGGACUGCCACUGAGUAGGAGCUCUAUGUGGAUCAAGAUUUAAAGCAGGAGCACCUGAGACUAGUGGUGAGCGAUUCGCACCACCCUCAGCUCUACCCAGCGCCCCCUCUCCCUCCAUCCUCUGCUUCCUCUUGCGUCACCAGGGAACCAAACAGCGCCAUGUCUGUCUACGCCUCCUCCUUCCUUCUCCUCCUCCUCCUCUUCCUCCUCCCUCUCCCUCCCUGCCAGGCCGAGUCCCAGCGCAGCGAGCCCAGCACUGACCCCGACCUGCGGGGCCCCUCCCCCUCCAUGUUCCCCUCAUACGUCCCCUCUGUCUCAUACACCUUCAGCAACAUGUCCAGCAAAAAGAAUAAGUGUGAUGAGGAGACGGUAUGUAAACCGGGGAUCCUGCUGCCAGUCUGGCAGCCCAACAGACCUGGACUCGGGGACCAGGUGGCCCGAGCUGUGGUUUACUUCGUGUCCCUCAUGUACAUGUUCCUGGGAGUUUCUAUCAUCGCUGACCGUUUCAUGGCGUCCAUAGAGGUCAUCACAUCACAGGAGAAGGAAGUGACCAUCACCAUGCCUAAUGGGGAAACAUCAGUGGCGACAGUUCGAAUCUGGAACGAGACAGUGUCCAAUCUGACGCUCAUGGCUCUGGGCUCCAGCGCUCCUGAGAUCCUGCUGUCUGUUAUAGAGGUGUGUGGUCAUGAAUUUAAGGCAGGUGAACUUGGACCAGGAACCAUCGUGGGCAGCGCCGCCUUCAACAUGUUUGUGAUCAUCGGGAUCUGUGUGUGGACGAUCCCCAACGGCGAGACCCGCAAGAUCAAACAUCUCCGGGUGUUCUUCAUCACCGCCUUCUGGAGCAUCUUCGCCUACAUCUGGCUCUACCUCAUCCUCUCUGUCAUGACGCCUGGCGUCGUGGAGGUGUGGGAGGCCCUGGUGACCCUGCUCUACUUCCCUGUCUGUGUCAUCCUGGCUUGGAUCGCAGAUCGCCGUCUUCUCUUCUACAAGUACAUGGGCAAGCGUUACCGCGCCGACAAGCGCCACGGCAUCGUCGUGGAAACGGAGGGAGACUUGACACCAAACAAGGGCGGCAUGGAGAUGAUCAUGGAUGGCAAGCUCCCGCCAAGAGGGGGCGCUGUGGUUCCUGCUGAGAACUGUGGGGUCGGAGCUCAGGAUGGGGCGGCGGGUGCUGCAGCCAAUACCAUCGGAAAUCUGCCCAACUCCAACAGCGCCAUGGUGAACGUGGAGAGUAGCAAAGAGCUGGACGAGAGCCGCAAAGAGGUGAUUCGCAUCCUGAAGGAGCUGAAGCAGAAAUAUCCGGACAAAGAGCUGGACCAGCUGGUGGAGCUGGCCAACUACUACGCCCUGCUGCACCAACAGAAGAGCAGAGCCUUCUACCGCAUACAGGCAACUCGUAUGAUGAUCGGAGCCGGUAACGUCCUGAAGAAACACGCAGCUGACCACGCUCGCCGUGCAGUCAUCACAGACGAGGAGGCACCAGAAGAAGAAGACCUUGGGAUCUGCAGUCGCAUCUCAUUUGAGAGCGCUCACAGUCAGUGCAUGGAGAACUGCGGCGUUCUGACACUAACCGUGGUCUGCCAAGGAGGUCUCGGAGAGAACACUUUCUACGUGGACUACAGGACUGAGGACGGUUCUGCCAAUGCAGGUUCAGAUUACGAGUACAGCGAGGGAACGCUGGUGUUCAAACCUGGAGAGACUCAGAAAGAGAUAAAGGUUGGCAUUAUCGAUGACGAUAUCUUUGAAGAGGAUGAGCACUUCUUUGUGCGACUGCUGAAUUUGCGUGUGGGCGAUGCAGAGGGGAUGUUUGAAAGUGAUGAGGUGGGUGCCGCCCCCAAAGCUCGACUGGUUGAACCCCUAGUUGCCACAGUGACCAUCCUGGAUGACGACCAUGCCGGCAUCUUCACGUUCAGCGAGCGUAUGGUGAGGGUGAGCGAGAGUGUGGGUACCAUGGAGGUGACAGUGGUGAGGAACUCAGGUGCUCGCGGAACAGUCAUUCUGCCAUACCACACAGAGUCUGGGACAGCCAAGGCCGGGGAGGAUUACGAGGAUGCCAGGGGGGAGCUGGAGUUCACCAAUGACCAGACAACUCAGACCUUCCAGAUACGGAUCAUUGAUGAUGAAGAGUAUGAGAAGCACGAGAACUUCUUCGUCGUGUUGGAGGAGCCGCGCUGGCUGAAGAGAGGAAUCUCAGCUCUUCUGCUCAGCCAAGACGGGGCGGAGGGCCAGAUGAGUGCUGAGGAGGAGGAGGCCCGCAGGAUAGCCGAGAUGGGGAAGCCAAUCCUGGGAGAGCACAGCCGCCUGGAGGUGGUGAUCGAGGAGUCGUAUGAGUUCAAGAGCACUGUCGACAAGCUCAUUAAGAAGACCAACCUGGCGCUGGUGAUCGGCACACACUCCUGGAGGGAACAAUUUGUGGAGGCAGUCACUGUCAGCGCAGGUGACGGUGACGAAGAUGAGGAGGGUCGUGAGGAGCGUCUUCCAUCUUGUUAUGACUACGUCAUGCAUUUCCUUACUGUCUUCUGGAAGGUUCUGUUCGCCUGCGUCCCACCCACAGAGUACUGGAACGGCUGGGCCUGCUUCUUGGUCUCCAUCAGCGUCAUCGGCCUCCUCACCGCCAUCAUUGGAGAUUUGGCGUCACACUUUGGCUGCACCGUGGGGCUAAAAGACACAGUGACAGCUGUGGUGUUCGUAGCACUGGGAACUUCUAUUCCAGACACGUUUGCCAGCAAAGUCGCGGCCAUUCAGGACCAGCAUGCUGAUGCCUCUGUUGGUAACGUCACCGGUAGCAACGCCGUCAACGUGUUCCUGGGGAUCGGCGUGGCGUGGUCGGUGGCCGCCAUCUACUGGAAAAUUAAAGGGCAACCAUUCACAGUGGAGCCGGGGUCUCUGGCCUUCUCCGUCACACUCUUCACUAUCUUCGCUUUCAUUUGCAUGGCCGUGCUCCUGUUCAGACGCCGGCCCUCCAUCGGCGGGGAGCUGGGCGGUCCGAGGGUGCCCCGUCUCCUCACCACCCUGCUGUUCCUGGGUCUGUGGUUCCUCUACAUCCUCUUCUCCAGCCUGGAGGCUUACUGCCACAUCAGAGGCUUUUAAAAAGGAGAUGCUGCGAGUUCUGGAGGAAUCCUGCACAGCAACACGCACAUCAACACUCAGUCCACACUGACCACAUGAAACAAGUCAAGAUUCAUCUGUUGACAGGGCUCCCUGCAGCCCACAGGAGGAGCAGGGAUCAGAUUCAUGUUCACACACAAACACACACACACUCUUUUGGGCAUGUGUAAACAGAUCAUUACAAACAUGCACGCACCGAUACAGGCAUGAUGAAGGCCAGGGGAAGUUUUCUGAUGGGCGAGGAGAGUGAAAACAAAAGGUUAGAGCAGCAAAUUUAGCAGAGGGAAGAUGGAGCAAGAGAGAAAGUGGUUGUGACAUUUAGAGGUGAGAGGCGAGCUGCUGGAGCGCUGUUUCUUUCUGUGGAGUUAGUUUAUUUAAAGCCAGGUGAGUUUAAGGUAAAUCGGAGAAGUUGUUAGAUAGGAUCAGACCACUGAUCAGGAAGAAAAUACAAAAGAAGCCUGUGCACACCAGAUAUGAUGUAUCCAUCCAAGUUGCAUGGAGGGUAACCACACCUCCGUUUGUCCCUCCCUCCUCUCCUUUGCUGGUACAGCUCCACCCAUCUUUACACAGGAGGUGGAGCACUGUGUGAAAAAAGGAGUGAAAUGUUUACAGUAACAAUUACAUGAAGUUUGUUUACUAUUGGAGGUUCUUAUAACGUGGUGAUGCUAGUCUUAUACACUGUAUGGAUGAAUGCGUUUCUCCACACGCGCUGUAAAUAGUAAAUCAGUGUACAUAUAGAGUGUAUUGUUUUCAUUCAGCAGACAGUGAUGCCAAAUAAAGAUACAGUCAGCAUCAUGUCAUAGCGGAGAGUGGGGCGUCCACAUGUGGGGGAAAACAAUCUUUUCUUUUGGCCUGCAGUGCUGCAGAGAUGUAGAUUUUAAAUUCCCACGCUAAUGCUGACAGGCUGUUAUGCCCUAAUGUAACACGAUACCGAUAACUGAUUAAGAAUGAAGUGUUUAUAAAAAGGAGUGUCAAGAUUUACCACGAUUAAAAUCCUAAUUAGUGCACUCAUCUUAAAUCACAAUAAACCGCAUGCUCUAUUGUCCCUGUCAGCAGCCUCAGUGAUGUAAAAAAUGUCCAUCACUGUUUCUUAAUGUCUCAUUUCAGUUUGAAAAUUCACAGACAGCUCAGUGGACAAGUCAAAAAUCAUCUAAACCUUCUGUUGUCAAACAUUUACCUGUUUACUGUUCCCUUAUUUCCUCUAUCAAGACCCGUAUCCAAACAGGAAGUUAAUAGAGCUCAUCAGUGUGGUUCCAGAAGUAAAAUCCCAUUGAUUUUCCCUAUUGUGGGUUUGAUUAUUGGCCAUGAUGCCGGAGAUAUACAAGUUCGACUUACCAUGAACUACCUGAGUCUAAAAUAAUGCUCCUGUAGAAGACAAAAGUUUGUAAGAUAUCAUCCUCCUUUUAAGAAAAACAAUUAAUUGGAGAUGUUUGCCACAGUCUUCACAAUCCUGAGGGUCCCAGAGUUGUCUCUGAUUGGUGGGGUCUCUGGGUCUCUCUGAAUGUGAUUUGCUGAUGAUAUCAAUGCUUGGGUUUUAUCAGCAGCAUUGGUGCUAGCGUUGUUGCUAACAGUAACUCAUUUAGGAGCUGAGGAGUGUGUCAGGCUACUAUUGGGUUCAAAUGUUAAAAUAAUUUAUUUGUGCCACUUUUUUUUCUGUCAAAUUUUCACAUUUUUUUCCACUUUUGACCAAUUUUGCAGUCUUUCACCAAAUUUUUAAACUCCUUUCCCCCACUUUAGCCACCCAUUUGUUUCUAUCAUGUUUUCCUCUUACUCAUUUCUGUCACUUUUUUCCCAUUUUUGCCAGUUUUUGGGCCACUUUAACCAAUUUUUGCAUUUUUUAAAUUAUUUUUCCCUUGAAGU